GUUCUGCAAAAUGACCAAGUUUAUUCUUUUAGCCCUAGUUGGGCUUGCAGCUGCAAUUGACUUUGACUCUUCAUCCAGUGAAUCUUGUGAAGAUGGCAACGGUCAUGGUCAUGGUCACGGUAAUGGAAAUGGUAAUGGCAAUGGCAAUGGUAAUGGCAACGGAGGGCGGGCAAACGGUGGCUGUGAAACUGGCUGGCGUCAUUUCAGACGUCCAUCUGGUAGUUGGUGUGUCAGAGUUUUUGGCGGAAGACUAAACCAAGGAGCUGCACAAUCUCAAUGCCAAUCCUUCGGAGCUACCCUUUCAGGACUUCGGAAUCUCGAGGAAGCGCGCACUAUUUCCAAUCUGGCCCUCAGUGUGAUUGGCCGUUCAAGCGGAGGAAUAUGGCUCGGAGCACGUAGAACCACUGCCUGUGCCAAGCAACACAAAACUACAUCAUGCUCCACAACUAGCUCCUUCCGAUGGACAGAUAGCUCGGCAUCCGGGACUGCUGGAUUUGUAUGGAAUAAUGUUCAACCAGACAACUCGGAUUUGAACUCCCAAUGUGCCGUAUUACAUGCCGGAAGCUCUGCAGCUACAGUUAGUAAUGCUGUUUGGCAGCCAGCCAUGAUGGAUGACGUCACUUGUUCCUUUGAUCCAGCAGGAAGAGAUCCAAGAUCUAUUUAUGGAUACGUUUGUGGAAAGAAGCCAAGUAGAAGAUGAUAUUUUGUUGAUUCAAAGAAUAAAAGUAAUAACUGUUUAAAU